AUGCGUCUUUUGAAACGCAACGCCGCCGGCGAGAUCUACCUGACGAGGGACUUGCUCAACGACGAUAUUCCCCGGUAUGCAAUACUUUCGCACACAUGGGGAAGUGAUGAGGUCCUCUUUCAGGACCUCAAGGAUGGUACGGGGAAGAACAAAAUUGGGCACGAUAAAAUCCGCUUCUGCGUAGACCAAGCCUGGAAUGACGGCCUGUACUUCUGUUGGGUUGAUACGUGCUGCAUCGACAAGUCAAACAGCGUCGAGCUCCAAGAAGCCAUCAACUCUAUGUUUUACUGGUAUCAGAAGGCGGCUAAAUGCUACGUCUAUCUUGCUGAUGUCUCAACGCCUACUAUGGAUGCUGCCGACAACUCCAGCUGGGCACUAGCAUUUCAGAGGAGCAGAUGGUUCAAACGGGGGUGGACCCUUCAAGAACUUCUCGCUCCGCGCUCGGUCGAGUUCUUCUCCCGAGAAGGCAAACUCCUGGGUGACAAAACGACUCUAGAGCAAAAGAUUCAUGAAGUUACGGGUAUUUCAACCCAAGCCCUGCAAAGAGCUCCGCUGUAUGAGUUUAGCGUGGAGGAACGAUUAUCAUGGGCGAAAAGCCGCCAGACCACGCGCAAAGAAGACAGGGCGUACUCAUUGCUGGGUAUGUUCGACAUCCACAUGUCGCUCAUCUACGGCGAAGGGGAAGAGCACGCAUUCAAACGUCUUCGGAAAAAGAUUGACCAGCUUUCAAACAAUACCCGACCUACCCAAAGUCUCACCCAAACCUCUGUUCAAGCGGAGGAAAAAGACCAAGAAUGCCUCCAACACCUGCGCCUCACCGAUCCCCGGGAUGACAAGAAGCGCAUCGAGGAGACCAAGGGUGGACUGCUGAGAGACGCGUACGCCUGGAUUUUGGAAAGCUCCGACUUCCAACAAUGGCGUGACGACCGGCACAGCCGCCUGCUCUGGAUUAAAGGCGACCCCGGCAAGGGUAAAACGAUGCUACUGUGCGGCAUUGUCAACGAGCUGAACAAGACAGUGGCCAAAGCGGCCUGUCUAUCCUACUUCUUCUGUCAGGCCACAGACUCGCGGAUCAACAACGCCACAGCUGUGCUGCGAGGUCUCGUAUACUUGCUGAUCGACCAGCAACCAUCGCUCGUCUCGCACAUUCGGAAGAAGUACGAUCACGCAGGCAAAGCCCUUUUCGAGGACGCAAAUGCCUGGGUUGCGCUGUCUGAGAUCUUUACAAACAUCCUACAAGACACGAACUUGAACAUCACGUAUUUGGUCAUUGAUGCGCUUGACGAAUGCAUAGUAGACCUACCAAAACUUUUGGACUUUAUUGUCGAGCGGUUGUCAGUGUCUUCUCGUGUCAAGUGGAUCGUCUCCAGCCGCAACUGGCCUGGCAUCGAGGAGUGUCUCGAGAGAGCGGGACAGAGGCUAUCCCUUGAGCUUAAUGCAGGGUCUAUUUCUGCAGCCGUCAGCACAUUCAUCCGGCACAAGGUGCUGCAGCUGGCAACAAGGAAGAAAUACAAUCAAAAGACGCGAGAUGCCGUGUUCAACCACCUCUGCUCACAUGCGAAUGACACCUUCCUCUGGGUAGCAUUGGUUUGCCAAAACCUGGAAUCGAUCCCACGGUGGAAUACGGUUGUGAGCCUAGACGUGUUUCCACCAGGGCUCGACUGUCUUUACGAGCGGAUGCUGCUGCAAAUAUCCAGCUCUGGCAACGCUGCUCUGUACAAGCGGAUACUGGCCUCGAUUGCGAUUGUGUACCGUCCCAUCACACUGAAAGAGCUAACGUCUCUCGUGGAGAUGCUCGAAGACAUGGCGGAUGAUCCAGAGUCGCUGCAAGAGAUCGCCGGCCUCUGCGGCUCGUUCCUUACCGUCCAAGACGACACUGUCUAUUUUGUGCAUCAAUCUGCGAGGGACUUUUUACUCACAAAGGCAGUCGACGAAGUCUUUCCAUCUGGGAUCGAAGAGACCCAUUAUCUACUCUUUUCAAGGUCGCUUCAAGUUAUGUACAGAACCUUACGACGGGACAUGUACAACCUGCGUGCGCUAGGUUAUCCCAUUGAGCAUGUCGUGCAGCCAGACUCGGACCCGCUCGGAACGUCACGCUACUCGUGCAUCUACUGGGUUGAUCACCUUUGUGACUGGAAUCCCAACUCUUCCGCAAAUCAUCCACUUAGCCUCAAUGACGGAGGCGACGUCGAUACGUUUUUGAGAAAGAAAUAUCUCUACUGGCUGGAAGCUCUCAGUCUUUGCAAAGCAAUGUCACAGGGAGUCGUUUCAAUGGCGAAACUUGAGAAUUUAACACAGGCUUAUGCGUCUGCACUCGUGUUCAGUCCAGCUCAUAGCGUGAUAAGGAGUCUUUUCAAGGACGAAGAGCCGAAGUGGAUCACGAUGCAGCCGGCCAUGAGAGAUAAAUGGGGCGCUUGCCUGCAGACAUUCGAGGGCCAUAAGCACACAGUCAACUCGGUCGUCUUCUCCCACGAUUCAGCGCGAUUGGCGUCAGCAUCAAACGACAACACAGUUAAGAUUUGGGAUGCGGGCAAUGGCGCGUGCCUGCGUACGCUUGAGGGCCAUAGCCUUCCAGUAAGCUCAGUUGCUUUCUCCCAUGAUUCGGAGCGAUUAGCGUCAGCGUCACACGACAUCACAGUCAAGAUUUGGAAUGUAAGCAAUGGAGCGUGCCUGCGCACACUCGAGGGCCAUAGCGUUCCAGUCAGCUCGGUGGCUUUUACGCACGAUUCAGAGCAGCUUAUAUCGGCGUCAUAUGACGGGAACGUCAAAACCUGGGAUGUGGGGAAUGGAAUAUGUGUACAAACGCUUAUGAACCCUGAUCUUACAAUCAAUUCGAUUGCUCUGUCCCACGAUUCGAGACAGCUAGCGUUGGCGUCUUCGGGUAAGACGAUCACGAUUUGGGACACGAGCAAUAGGAUAUGCUUGCAGAUACUUAAAGGCCAUGACGAUUCAGUUUAUUCAGUCGCUUUCUCUCACGAUUCGGCACGGUUGGCAUCGGCAUCACGCGAUAAGACUAUCAAAAUCUGGGAUAUAAGUGGCGGUGUGUGUAUACAGACGCUUGACGGCCAUAGCGGUUCAGUUAACUCAGUCGGCUUCUCCCACAACUCGCAACGGCUGGCAUCGACGUCAUAUGAUAGGACAAUCAAGGUCUGGGAUACAGCCACUGGCAUAUGUCUUCAAACGCUUAAAGGUCAUAGCCGUGCGGGUACCUCAGUUGCCUUUUCCUUCAACUCAACACAACUUGCAUCAGCGUCAUGCGAUCGAACUGUUAAAAUCUGGGAUAUCGACAGCGGUGGAUAUUCACAGGCAGUUGAAGGUCAUAGCCUUUCGAUUAGUUCAGUCGUUUUCUCUCACGACUCGACACAGCUGGCAACAGCAUCUUAUGAUAAGACGAUUAAGAUCUGGGAUGUGGCUCGUUGUAAGUAUUUGCAGACGCUCAAGGGCCAUAGCGAUCGGGUUACCUCGGUAGCCUUUUCGCACGACUCGGCACGACUAGCAUCGGCAUCGUACGACAGGACGGUUAAGGUCUGGGAGGUGAGUAGCGGUAUGUGCUUGCAGACCCUUGAGUUUGGGGAGAUAAUCUUUAACAUAUCAUUCGAUACCACCGGCUCGUAUCUGCCCACUGUUGGUAUUGAUAUGUUGCCAACAUCAGACACGACACCGAGCACAACGGAUCCUCACGGCACUCGAUAUCGGGGAGUGGCUUUAAGUUCAGAUGGAACAUGGAUAACGUACAACUUAGAGAAGCUAGUUUGGAUGCCCUCAGAGUACCGGCCGUCGGCUUCGGCCGUGUCAGGCAAGUCAAUCGGCAUUGGUGUCGGAUCUGGAAGGCUGUGGAUAUGUACCGUCGAGCUUGGUCAACCGUAA